AUGCCGAUAAACUGGGAUUACGAACCAGAGGUGAUUGACUCACAACGUGACGAUGACCUGUUGGUCCAAAAGCACGGGAAGAUUUCAUUUCGAUACAUAAGUCGUCCACCCCAAAACUUUUGGUUCAUCAGACCCCAUGCCCUUAAUUAUUUCAAGGAUGGUGUACUCCAUCGCACCAAAGGCGAACGCUCCAGCUCAACUCUCGAGCUUUUUGUGGAUUUGUUGUAUGUUGGGCUCAUUACUAAUUUGGCUGGUGAGGCUGCUAAAGAGUCAACCGGUUUGUCUCUACUAAAGUACUUUUUGUACUUUAUGCCUAUAUGGCAGGUGUGGUGUGACAUCAAAGACGGGGUGAACUACUACUACAAUGAAGACUUUACACAAAAGUUGUAUGUGUUUUUCAUCAUUGUUUUAUUGAUGUUUUACGCCAACUCUCACUCAAAAGCUCCAGAGCUGCUUCAAGGUGCGGCUUUAACAAUUGUACCUUACAUGAUAGCACGCGUACUGCUUGCAACUCUAUACUUAUUCUAUUCGUGUUGGAUUCCUCAACAUCGACUCCAAAUGAGAUUUUACGCUUUGAGUAUUUAUGUCACUAGCUGUUUAUGGAUUAUUGUUAUAUUUGUGGGAAAUCGAGCAAAAGUUGGGGUUCUGAUUGCCAUUUUUGCACUUGAAAAUGCAUCUUUUAUCUAUGCUUAUUCUCCAAUGAUAAAGCGGACCUUUAAGCUUACAAUGCUGACAGCAUUGAACUUGGAGCAUGAAAUCGAGCGGUUUUCGGCCUUUGUAACCGUUGCAAUUGGAGAAUACCCUUAUAAGGCUGUGGCUACUGCUCCUAUUGGUGCCGGAUUUAAUAUCAGACUUGCGCGUGGCGUUUUCAUGCUUUUGAUUGCUUACAUAUUGUUCUGGAUCUACAACUAUGGAAGUACCAUUCAACGGAGAGUUCAUCCAUUACGUCGAAGUGCUACCACCGCAUGUCUAUUUAUAUAUUCUCACCUUCCUUUGAUUGCCGCCAUUGUCUUGUCUGCUGAUGCACUGGGCGAUCUCAUCAAAGUUGAAAAUGGCAGUACAAAGCGUGGCGCCACUGGACUUACCCAUGAUGAACAUCAAAGCGCCGGCUCGGAAGCUCUUGUAUUAUUGAAGCGCAGUGUAGUCCAAGCAGCUUCAGCAGGUGAAGAGGAAUCACACAACAUGUUCGGUUUACUGUUCUAUUUUGCAGGUGGCAUUGGUGUCUCUUUGCUUUCUAUGUGGGUCCUUGGUAUGCUCUUUAAAGAUGAAGACGAGAAAUGCACGUUUGUUCUCCCACGUUGGGCUAGGAUUGGUUGGAGGCUCCCUGUGGGUGUUGGCAUCGCCAUGUUACCUUUCGCUGAAAUGGAUGUGACGUUAUUGAUGGGAAUGACUCUGGUUAUGUUAGGCUUCGUCUUUAUAUGGGAGCUGGUAUUCCAAACUCCAACCGCCACGUGGUUCAAAUUCAAUCUCGUAGAGCCUGCUGCAAUUGCUCGGGAGGAGGAAGAGGAAAAUCGUGCUCACAGACAUCGUCAGAGCCCGCGAGCCAGUCAAGAGUAUGAAGAUACAAUAGAAGAACGAAAGCCACUGGUGUCCCCAUGA